AUGCCUGCUGGGAUCCUUUCGGCGUUUCUCUUCUGUCUUCUCACCUUCUCUUCAGCCUGCUACAUCCAGAACUGCCCCCGAGGAGGAAAGAGGUCCGUGCCCGAUGCAGAAAUCCGACAGUGUAUCCGCUGCGGCCCCGGCAACAGAGGGAGCUGCUUCGGGCCCAACAUUUGUUGCGGAGAAGAGAUGGGCUGCUAUCUGGGGACUCCGGAGACCGUGCGUUGCCCCGAGGAGAACUUUCUGCCUUCUCCCUGCGAGGCUGGGGGGAAGCUGUGCGGGGCAGACGGGCGAUGCGCAGCCCCCGGCAUUUGCUGCAACGAGGAGAGCUGCACCUCCGAUGCUGCCUGCGGAAAUGAGAACGGCGAGAGAGGACGGAUGUCUCCCGAAAGGAAUUUGACCGGGUUGGAUGGCUCAACUGGAGAUCUUCUCCUUCGCCUGAUGCACCUGGCCAAUAAGCAACAACAACAAGGAAAACCCCAAUUUUAUUAA